GCAUUCGCUACGUUUGAAAGUCAGCUAUCGAAGUAUUAUUUCUCAAUCCCACCUAUCAACCAUAGCAAUGGCACACACCUUCUACGACGGGACAAUCCCCGUCCUCCAAUCCCUCCUCCGCACCCUCACCCACAUCCUUCAAAAAGCCUCCAACCCCACCAUCCCCACCUCCUCCUCCUCCUCCGCCCCGUCCGAGCUCGAGGCCAUCCUCUUUGCCGCCCGCAUCACACCGGACAUGUACCCCCUCCCCGACCAAAUCCGACUCGCAACCCAAUUCGCCGAAAACCUCGCCGCCCGCCUGACAGCACGGGACCCCGUCAAAUUCGACGGUAGCCCCACGACCUUUGCGCAGAGCUACGAGCGCAUCAACGCCGUGCUGAAGGCGCUAGACGAGGCAGACAAGGAGUUUGUUAAUGGGCAGGCUGACGUGCUUAGUCCGACGCAGGUUGGGCCGGGGGCAGUCAUUGACAUGAGCGGCAGUGCAUACGCGCAUAGGAUUGUGUUGCCGAAUGUUUAUUUUCAUGUUACGACUGCGUAUGAUAUUCUGAGGAUGAGUGGGGUGCAGAUUGGGAAGAGGGAUUACUAUGAGGGCUUCUUUCCGCAGUGAGCACGAAAGUGAGAGGGAAUACGUAUGGAAUCGUAUAUGGUUGGUUGGGAAAUGGACUCUGGGUGGAAUGGAUUGUUUUGUUCGACAUCGUAUAAGUUAGGAUGAGAGCCCGAGGGGAUCUCAUAAAAUAUGUCCGAUCUAGUGUUCAAUAUAGUGAUAUCACAAGCUUUCCGGGUCAACCUCGGACACUGUACGUACAUUAUCACGGGCGUGAUGCACGGUAGCUCAAUCGUGAUAAACACCUUGUAGACCUCCAUC